AUGGUUGCUGUUUGCAGUGCUCUUGGGAGAAAAACGUUGAUGCAUUUCACCACGGCUGCAGCCAGCUUCACAGAUUCCAGGAGUCACACUGUGGUCUACAGAAGAGCUUGUUCGCCAUAUGAACAGGUGACCAGCAGUGAGGACCUGCUUUUAUCCCAGUUUAUUUCUCCGUUUACUGGAUGCAUUUAUUCAAGGCACAUAACAGGCCUUUGUGGGAAGAAACAGAAAGAAAUCACAAAAGCAAUUAAGAGGGCACAAAUAAUGGGUUUUCUGCCAUUCAGUUACAAGGAUCCUGCAUUAUCUCAAAGACCCCAAAGUUUGUAA